AUGUCAAAUUCUCAAUUCAUUCUUUUAACCUCUUCGAUCCUUGAUGAGAACACUAUAAGUCUCAUAAAAUGUAAUCUUGGAAGAUAUUAUAUCGAAUGUAAUGAUAGAAAAUCUAUCUUACGUUUUCUAGACGUGAAUGAUGCUUUGAAGCUAGGAAAUGGGAAAAGGUCACCUCCAAAAAGCUUCAUCCUUUUUAGAAAAAGUUUUCAGAGUAGUAUUACCCAAAUGGCUCUCAAAAUCGAAAGGGCCCAAAUUUCAAAACACGCCACGGUCCUCUGGGCAUAUAUUAAAAAUGCUCAACCACAUCUGUAUUACUACUUUAAAAAUGUUUCUGAGGAGGCUACAGAUCGGUAUAAUACUUCCAACCUCAAAAUUUUGAUGUACGAUCCCUAUAGAUCGACAAACUCGACAAACGUUAAAGGAAUCUCUCGUGAAGAGAUUGCAUGUGAAGAUUCCGAAUACCUCGAAUAUUUAGAAGAUGACUCUUCACAAUACGAUUCUGUUUUAUGCGCUUUCGACCCAUCAAGACUUGAUAGUCCAGAUGUGAAAAAUGUGAUUCUUGACCUUUAUCCUGAAAUUUCGUAA